AACGUUUUCUUAUACUAAUAAUAUACUAGUACAACUACUUGGCCAUCAAUUCAAGGCUUGAAUUUAAACUCUUGUAGAAUUUCGCAGCGACACAAACACAACACCACACUCUUCCAUCUAGCAAUCCUCUUUCGUCCCUCCCUCUCUUAGUUUCAGAGUCCCGCCACUCACCUCAGUUUGUUUGGGGGAUAGUGAUAUGGGAAACUGAAAGAUAGGAUUUUUUAUGAGAAUUGGGUUUGGAUCGAGAAGGAGAAUAAAGGGAAGAAAAUGCGGAUGAAGGAAAUGCAUCCGCUAUGCUGUAUUUCGCUGGUGAGUCCGGGCAUCGGAGACCAGUCACCGGAGGCUGCAUCAUUGACUAGAACGAGGAGCAUGCCAGCAGGGACACUUCGCGGAUCUGAUGGUCUCAAUGCCGGGCGUCCACCAGUGGGAUCCGAGGCUCCUGUCGCCGGAAUUCUCUACAAGUGGACGAAUUACGGAAAAGGAUGGAGAUCCAGGUGGUUCUUGCUUAGAAACGGGGUCCUCUCCUACUCGAAGAUUCGCCGGCCAGAGAAUCUUUGCCUGCCAUCUCCGACCGACGAUGUCCGAGUGAUCGGGGAAAUACCCACCAAUCGGUUCUCGAGGAUGGACAGCUGCAGCGGUAGACGAAAGCCCCAGAAAACUGUUGGCAUUGUUCAACUAAAGGUUUCGUCAUUCCGGGAGAGCAGAUCCGAUGAUAGGCGGUUUUACAUUUUCACUGCCACAAAGACCCUUCAUUUGAGAACUGAUUCAAAGAGAGAUCGGGAAGCUUGGAUACAAGCUUUGGUUUCAACUAGGAGCCUUUUUCCUUUGAGGCCACUGAAUGAUAACCUCUCCCAUAUGCCACAUGAUCUGUCUCUAUCAACUGAAAGGCUUAAGAAAAGGUUACGAGAAGAGGGAGUCAAUGAUGACCUUGUGAGGGAUUGUGAGCAGAUCAUGCUCUCAGAGUUCUCUGAGCUAAAAGGACAACUUAAGGUUUUGUGUGAAGAACGAUCGAAUUUGUUGGACACAAUAAGGCAGUUGGAGGCCGCUAAUAUUGAAGCUGAAGCUUCUGGAAUUCAUGAUGGUGAAUACCAAUUGACAAAGAAUGAAUAUUCCAGUCUAGGGCGUGGAAAAUAUAGUGAAUGCAGUACGACUGAAUCAUCUGAUGAUAUUGAGAAGCAAGAGCUUGAGGAGGUGUCUGAUGAAGAUGAAACCUACUUUUUUGAUACAAAAGAGGAUUUUACUGAACCCAGUGUUAGGCAUGGAUCUAUAACAGGAGUCGUUGAUGGUGCAGGAAAGCACAGGGAAACUGAAUUUCAGUUUGAUAAUGAAGAGAACAUUCAUGCAGAGAAGGAAGAUUGUAAUUCUACAUAUCCUUACAUUGAAAGGCGAAAAAGACUUCCAGACCCAGUUGAAAAAGAGAAGGGGGUCAGUCUUUGGUCUAUGAUCAAAGACAAUGUGGGAAAAGAUCUCACAAGAGUCUGUCUUCCUGUUUACUUUAAUGAACCAAUAUCAUCUCUUCAGAAAUGUUUUGAGGACCUGGAGUAUUCGUAUCUUUUGGAUCGGGCCUAUGAGUAUGGAAAAGCUGGAAACGGCCUACUACGGAUUUUAAAUGUUGCUGCAUUUGCAGUUUCUGGAUAUGCUUCAUCUGAAGGCCGGCAUUGUAAGCCCUUUAAUCCUCUGCUAGGUGAAACUUAUGAAGCUGACUAUCCUGAUAAAGGAGUUCGGUUUUUCUCUGAGAAGGUAAGUCACCACCCAACCAUCGUUGCCUGCCAUUGUGAAGGAAGAGGAUGGAAAUUCUGGGCUGACAGCAAUAUCCGUAGUAAAUUUUGGGGGCGGUCAAUUCAGCUUGAUCCUGUUGGAAUUCUGACCCUAGAGUUUGAUGAUGGUGAAGUUUUCCAGUGGAGCAAGGUCACAACUAGUAUUUAUAACCUUAUCCUUGGUAAAAUUUACUGUGAUCACCAUGGAACAAUGCACAUUCAAGGCAAUCGCCAAUAUUCAUGCAAGCUCAAAUUCAAAGAGCAGUCUUUUCUUGACCGGAACCCUUACCAGGUCAAUGGCUUUGUUGAAGACCUUACUGCUAAAAAGGUCGCAACACUUUAUGGCAAAUGGGAUGAUAGCAUGUAUUAUAUCAUAUCUGAUGGGAAUGGCAAGAAACAAGACUGCAAUCCAUCUUCAAAUGCUACCUUGCUUUGGAAAAGGGAUAAGCCACCUCCUAAUCUGACUCGGUACAACUUAACAUCAUUUGCAAUCACGUUAAAUGAGCUAACUCCAGGGCUUAAGGUAGAGAUGAUGUAUUAAAUCGGUUUCUCAUAGGCAUUUUCCUUUCCGUCUUAUGCAUGUCUAAUUGUUUUUUAUAGCCUUGUCUGAUCCCGGGUAUUUGAUCACGGAUUAAGGAGAAACUCCCACCGACGGAUUCACGUCUUAGACCAGACCAACGAUAUUUGGAGAAUGGAGAAUACGAGAGGUCAAAUGCAGAGAAACAGCGGCUGGAGAAGAGGCAAAGAAUGUCAAGGAAAUUACAAGAAAAUGGCUGGAAGCCAAGAUGGUUUCAGAAAGAAAGUGAAAAUGGAUCCUUCCGCUAUGUGGGUGGUUAUUGGGACGCAAGAGAACAAGGCAAAUGGGAUGGAUGUCCAAACAUUUUUGGUGAAUUCAACGAAGAACUUGUUGAUUCCUCCUAAGGGAGCUGAACUCACAAGGAACUUGCUUUUUCCUGGUUCUUGCCAGAGUUGGUGCCAAAUUUUUCAAAGGUGUCUCAAGGGACAUAUGGAGUGGAAUUAAUCUUGUAGUUGGUGGAUAUUGGCUAGGUGUAGAGCCCGCUAAUAUUUCUUUGACAUCAUCUAGUGUCAGAAAUAGUUUAUGCAAUGUAUUCUCUUCUCCUUUCUCCCUGCCCAUAAUCUAUUUAUUUUGGCCUGUAUUAGCAUGUUGGGACGACAAUUUUAUUUGAUAAUAAUAAUUUGUAUUUCUUCAAUUUUUAAGAAUAAAUAAAUGAAAAAAAAAAAGGCAUAUGACAAUAGAUGUCAGGGGAUUAAGCGAAUGCAGAUCAUGUCUCGGCGUUCAGACACUUUCUUGUUUAUGAACGAAAGUGGAACAACCCAUCUCCAUGGCCUUUUAUGUGCUGUCAUUCUGUACUCACUUCGAGAAACCAUGAUCAGCUGUAUGGAUAUGGUAGACAGGACAGCAUGGUACAGACCAAAAUUACACGUUCUUAAUUAGAGUCUCGAUUCCAUGUCAUGUCCUGUUGGGAAUUUUUGAGAGAAGAAGGGACUUGGAGGAGAAGGGGAGAAGCACCGGUUGAGUUACCUCAUUUGGUGAGGUGAGAACUCAUUUUUUUCAUUCAUUGUUCUGCUAUUAUAGAGCAGAAAACUCAGUACAUAAAGGUAAUUUCUCACG